UCUACUCAUCUCCUGUUUCAUCCCUUCCUCCUCCUCCUCUGCCCUUUGUACUCCUUCACAGCAGAUCUCUUAUGGGCUGGCAGUGCUUGUCCCUUCCCCACCAUUCCCUCCGUGGGGGACCAGCUUGUUGGGACCUGUUCAACAGGAUUCGAUGCCACUUCUCCUUCUGCAGGGAUGACAUGUUCUCCAGGUAAACCCAGGGUUACGUCACAGCAUUCUUCUCCUGAGAAGAUGGAGAAAGCAAGGAAGGAAUUGAGGAAUUUUGUGGAUAGGAGCCGUCCCAGUACCAGCAAUGAAGCUUCUGCUGAUGUCCCUGCUCCAGGAGCCUCCAGUCGCUCAGGGGGUGCUUCUGCUGGCCCCCGCGUGUCCCAGUCUUUGGUGAACCAGGCAGGCCAGGAGCACCACACCCCUCAAGCCACAAAAUUCAAGAUGCCUGCAAACUUUAAAAGUCUCCUGGAUAAGCAAGUGGUUGGACCAUCCACUGUGGGCCUCACUGAGUCAGAUUUCCCUGAACAAUCAUUUAAACCUAAAGUGCAGAUGCCUUUCAGACGGGUUCCGGGGCAAAACCCUCGGAAGGUUGAAGUAGAGAGGAGGAGGCGGCUGUAUCUCAGCUUUGAUAUUGCUGAGCUCUUGGCCAGCAAGGGGAUAGAUUCCAAUCAGCUGAUGCCAAGGCACUAUGACCCUGACAACAUGCCACCUCUUGAGAAGACAAAAGAUUCUGUGUUUCCCAUCUACCUCCCAUUACAGGUAUUUGACAAUGAUGAAUUUGACUGUCGAACUCCAGAAGAGUGGAUCUCACUAGGACUGGAGCCAGGAUCUUUUGACAGAAAGCCAGUGCCUGGAAAAGCACUUUUACCUACAGAUGAUGUACUUGGACAUGAGGACCCCAAAAGCCAGGACCUGAUCUACAAGUGGAUUGAUGUUGGUGUUCUGGAUUAUGACAAGGAGACAGAACUCUACUUGGUCCAUAAAACAGACAAGAAAGGUCUUGUGCGUGAUGAAGAAGGGAGAGCCAUCCUCAAUGGAGGAAUAACUCCAGAAGGAAGAGCUCCAUUGUUGCCAUGUCAGUACUGGGUGCCACGAGUUUGCCUGCAGUUCCUGGCCGAGGAUCCCCAGGUGUUUGCGGAGCGCGUGGCCUCUGCCGACAGCCUGCGCAAGAAGACUCAGGGGCUGCUCAUGUACCACUUCUACGUGGACUGCAUGCCCACAGAGGGGCAGGAGACCAUCAAUGAGAAGAGCCUGCAGAGGAUGAAGCGCUUGGCUAUGCAGACUCCCCGACUGAAGGAUGAGAAGAGCAUGUUAGACUAUAUGAGCAGCCUGGAGAAAGAAGUGAAAUUAGACUAUAAACACAUCAUGAACAGGAUCAGCUUUGACAGAGUUGUCACAUCCAAACCCCAGAUGUUUUCUUAUGUUACCCUGCCAGACAAAGAGGAGAAGGAAGCACCAGAGAAAGGGCUCGUCUCUAUCCCAGACUAUCCUUUUCAUAAACAACAGAGAGAAUUCAACUUUGUCUCCCUCCUGACCAGGCCAGAAAUCAUCCAUCUCCUUGCACAGGUACAAGAUGAGUGCAACAAGGCAGCUGUCAUGUCUCUGUUUAACACAACCUUAACCAAAGUUGUCCCUCUGGAGGAAUUUGAAGAGAUCCAGACUCAGACCUUCACUCAGGUUCAGGAGUUUCUCAAGGAUACUUGGAUCGAUGCCAUAAAGACUGCAAUUAAGAGCAGCCUUAAAGAUGCAGGCAAAUGGUUCAACCUGGAGGAGAGUGACUGGGGUGCCUACCAGAGGUCCAAGCUGCGUAAGCUGAUGGAGCGCAUCAGAUUCAUGCUUCAGGACUCUCUGCGGUACCUGGUCCAGAACUCGCUCAUCAGCUUCACCCAGUUUGUGCUGGAUGCUUGCCAGAGUGUCCUGAAUUGCUCAAAGGACAUGGAAUGGGGAGAUGACAUCGCCAACAGUCCCUACAUGCCUCAAAGGAAUGCACUCUUUGUAACAGACAUUGAGCUAGACAUCAGUGGCAUCCUCUUCAGCCCCUCUGUGGAAAGCUUUGAGACAUCCCUCAUUUCUCUGUUCAACAACGGAAUCCUGGCGACUCACAGUAUCCCACAGCUGGAGCAGUAUGUGUUGGAGAACAUGGAUAUUGCAGGCAGCCCCAUGCUGGAAUCAGUGGGUUUGCAAGAGCCAGAAGUGGAAGAGCUACGUGAGGCUCUGCGCUCUGCCAUUCAAAAGAGUCAGAUCCCUCUGCAGGCCUACGGCAAGAAAUAUGAGAAGUUCUUAGAGAUAAAUAACAAUGACAUCAAGUACUUCCUAAAAGACUAUGGAGAGCAAUUUCCACCUACCCAGGAGGUGAUGGACAUAGUAAGCACAUACUUGUCUGAGAAGGAGACCUUGGACCACCUUCUACCUAGUUCUAUUAUCAUUGGCCCCUUUCAAGUCAGGAUAGAACAUAUUAGGCAUAAUCUGUCUGAUAAACACAAAGCACUUGCCACUGCUAUGUUGGACAUGCUGGCUAAAACCCUUCAUUCCCAGGUGCAGAAAAUCUGUGAAGCAUAUGAAAGCAUCAGCGCCAAAAUGCAUGAGAGACCAACGAACAUCGAGGAGCUGGUUGAGCUGCGGGACUGGCUGAGGGGAGUGCCCGAGCAGCUGGCGGUGCAGGAGCAACUGAUUGAGGAAGUCAUGGAAGAUUACAAGGUCAUGGACGACUUCCUUUACAAUCUUACCGAAGAAGAUUUCACUGACAAGUGGACUGCCAGUUACUGGCCAGUGAAAAUGUCUAAGGACUCGGAGUCCAUUCGGCUCCAGCACAUAGAGGAUGAAGAAAGAUUUCGCAAAACGCAGAUUGCGGAUCAGAAGGCAUUUCAAGACAAACUGGAGGAAAUGCAGCUGACUGUAGGUGGAUUUUCUGUCCAGUCAGAUGUUAACCAAGCCCAUGAGCUGGCUGAAGAUGCAAGGGAUGUCCGGAAGCAGCUGAAGGAGCUUCAAGAAAUGGCAGUCCUUUACAACAACAGGGAAAGACUCUUUGGCAUCAAAGUUACCGAUUAUAGUGGGCUAUCCAAAAUGAUUAAGGACUUCCAGCCAUACUAUGAUCUCUGGACUACAGUAUCAGACUGGAUAAAGUGGAAUGAGAGCUGGAUGAAUGAUUCUCUCCUUAAAAUUGAGGCGGAGGAGCUGGAAAAGAAUGUCAAUGACUCUAUUAAGACCAUGCAGAGGUGUGUGAAGCAGUUCAAGGAUUCACCAGACUGCCAGAGUGUUGCCGUGGACUUUCGAGACAAGAUGGAUGAUUUCAAACAAUACGUGCCCUUAAUCCAAGGGCUGCGCAACCCUGGGAUGAGGAGUCGGCACUGGGAGAUGCUGUCAAACCUGGUUAAGGCUGAUGUCGAGCUGGAGCCCAGCAUGACAUUUGGUCGCUGCUUGGAACUGAACCUGCAGGACCAGAUGGAGAAUGUUCUCAAAGUAGCUGAGACAGCCAGCAAGGAAUAUGCCAUCGAAAAUGCACUCAACAAGAUAGAGAAUGAAUGGAAAUCUGUUUUGUUCGUUGUGACGCUGUACAAAAACACAAAUACCUAUAUUCUGAAGAGCACAGAUGACAUUUCUCAGCUCCUAGAUGAUCAUAUUGUCCUGGUUCAGAGCAUGUCUUUCUCACCCUUCAAGAAACAUUUUGAGGAAAGGAUGAACUUGUGGGAAACGAAGCUGAAGAUGACACAGGAUGUCCUAGAGGAGUGGCUGAACUGCCAGCGCUCUUGGCUCUACUUGGAGCCAAUCUUUAGCUCAGAGGACAUCAAAAGACAGCUCCCAGUGGAAAGCCAGCGCUACAGCAUUGUGGAUAAGGAUUGGAGGCGUGUCAUGAAGAAUGCUAAUGCAAACCCUGAGGUGAUUUCUUUGUGCCCUGAUCCAGAGCUACUGGAGAAGCUGCAAAAUUGUAACAAACUACUUGAACUUGUGCAGAAGGGGCUGAGUGAAUAUCUGGAGACAAAGAGAGCUGCUUUUCCCAGGUUCUACUUCCUUUCAGAUGAUGAGCUGCUGGAAAUACUGUCUCAGACAAAGGACCCCACUGCUGUACAACCUCACCUCCACAAGUGCUUUGAGAACAUUGCACGGCUGAAAUUCCAGGAAGACCUACAGAUCACACACAUGUACUCUGGCGAAGGAGAAGAGGUGAAGCUGUUUAAUCCCAUCUCUCCCAGUGAGAAUGUGGAGGACUGGCUGCUGGAAGUGGAGAAGUCCAUGAAGGCCAGUGUUCGGGACAACAUAGAAAAAUCAAGUGGUGUUUAUCCAGAGACUCCACGUACCUCAUGGGUCUUGCAGUGGCCUGGCCAAGUGGUCAUUGCUGGCUGCCAGAUUUUCUGGACAAAGGAAGUGUCUGAAGCUCUGGAAGCUGGAGAUCUGUCCAGCAGGCUUUACCCACAGCUGAGUGCUCAGCUGGCAGAUUUGGUGGCCCUGGUCCGUGGAAAACUGUCCAAGAUGCAGCGAGCAGUGUUGUCAGCUCUUAUUGUGAUCGAGGUCCAUGCCAAGGAUGUUGCAGCAAAGCUGGUUGAGGAGAAUAUAACGAGCAUGAAUGACUUUGAGUGGAUCUCCCAGCUCAGAUACUACUGGACAAGGGGAGACCUGUACAUCAGAGCAGUCAAUGCUGAGUUCAUCUAUGGCUAUGAGUAUCUGGGGAACACUGGCCGUCUGGUUAUCACACCCCUCACUGACAGGUGUUAUCUGACACUUACAGGAGCUUUGCACCUGAAAUUUGGAGGAGCACCUGCAGGACCAGCAGGAACAGGCAAAACAGAAACAACAAAAGACCUGGGCAAAGCACUGGCAAUCCAAACUGUAGUGUUCAACUGCUCUGACCAACUCGACUUUAUGGCAAUGGGCAAGUUUUUUAAGGGACUAGCCAGCUCUGGUGCCUGGGCUUGCUUCGAUGAGUUCAACCGCAUCGAUAUUGAGGUGCUGUCUGUGGUGGCCCAGCAGAUCACAACCAUCCAGAAAGCACAGCAGCAGAGGGUGGAAUCCUUCAUAUUUGAAGGCACAGAGAUCCCACUGGUCCCAUCCUGUGCAGUCUUCAUCACAAUGAACCCAGGGUACGCUGGGCGCACCGAACUGCCUGAUAACCUGAAGGCUCUCUUUCGUCCUGUGGCUAUGAUGGUCCCAGAUUACUCCAUGAUUGCUGAGAUCUCACUCUACUCUUUCGGGUUUAGUGAAGCCAAAGUCCUUGCAAAGAAGAUCACUACAACAUUCAAACUGUUGUCAGAACAGCUCAGCUCCCAGGACCACUAUGACUUUGGGAUGAGAGCUGUGAAGACUGUCAUCUCGACAGCUGGCAAUCUCAAAAGAGAGAAUCCUGAUAUGGAUGAGGAGCUGAUCUGUCUGCGAGCUAUAAGGGAUGCCAACGUACCCAAAUUCCUGCAGGAUGACCUCAAACUCUUCAAUGGUAUCGUCUCAGAUUUAUUUCCAAAUAUCAAAGAAUCACCUGUUGAUUAUGGUAUCCUGGAAGAAGCCAUCCGCAAGUCCUGCAUCCAGGCAAAUCUGAAGGAUGUUGAUGGUUUUGUGACUAAAUGCAUCCAGCUGUACGAGACCACCGUGGUUCGUCAUGGCCUGAUGCUGGUGGGACCAACAGGUUCUGGGAAGACGAAGAGUUAUGAAGUCCUGGCUGCUGCAAUGACAUCACUGAAAGGUCAGCCUGCAGCCAGUGGUGGGAAUUACGAAGCAGUCCGCUACUUUGUACUGAAUCCCAAAUCCAUCACAAUGGGCCAGCUUUAUGGAGAAUUCAACUUGCUAACGCAUGAAUGGACGGACGGGAUCUUUUCCACACUCAUCCGCCGGGGAACCGUGGCCGCUGACUCCAACAAGAAGUGGUACAUGUUUGAUGGGCCAGUGGACGCUUUGUGGAUUGAGAAUAUGAACACGGUACUUGAUGACAAUAAGAAGCUGUGCCUCAGCUCGGGGGAAAUCAUCAAGAUGACAGAGAGCAUGACCAUGAUGUUUGAAGUCCAGGAUUUGGCUGUUGCCUCCCCUGCCACAGUCUCCCGCUGUGGCAUGGUUUAUCUGGAACCCAGCAUUUUGGGGCUGGAGCCCUUCAUUGAAUGUUGGCUGAAAACGAUGCCAGAUGUCAUGCAGCGAUUCUCACAGCAGCUGGCAUCUCUCUUCAAGAGAUUCCUCCAGGAGGCCAUUGACUUUGUACGAAGCUCUGUGAAGGAGAUAAUUACCUCUACAGACGGUAACCUCACAAGAAGCCUCCUGGUGCUCUUGGAAUGUUUGUAUCAGCCUUUCAUUCCCAUUAAGGGAUUUAAGACAAUUCCCCGGGAGAAGAUUGCUCGUAUGGGAGAGCUGAUUGAACCUUGGUUUAUAUUUGCCUUGAUCUGGAGUGUGGGGGCUACUGGAGAUUCCCCAAGUCGUGAGGCCUUUAGCUCAUGGCUCAGGAAGAAGAUGUCAAAGGAAAGGGUCAAGUUACUCUUCCCAGAAGAAGGACUGGUUUAUGACUAUAAACUGGAUGAUGCUGGGCUUAGCAGUACUGAAGAUUUGGAUGAGGAUGCCCCUGGACAGGUGCACUGGGAGGUGUGGCUGGAUGCUACAGCAAAGUUCACCAUGGUUCCAGACACCAACUUCUGUGACAUUAUUGUGCCCACGAUGAACACAGUCCGAAUGGCCUAUCUGCUGGAGCUGCUGCUCACCAACUAUAAGCCAGUUCUUUGCAUUGGUCCCACUGGCACAGGGAAGACUCUCACAAUUGCAGACAAGCUUUUGAAGAACUUGCCUAACAAAUACAUCACCCACUUCCUGAUGUUUUCAGCACGGACCUCUGCUAACCAAACCCAGGAUCUCAUCGACAGCAAACUGGAUAAGAGGAGGAAGGGAGUGUUCGGGCCUCCAGUUGGUCGGUACUUCAUAUUUUUUAUCGACGACUUGAACAUGCCCAUGCUGGAGCAGUACGGAGCCCAGCCGCCCAUCGAGCUGCUGCGGCAGUGGAUGGACCACGGCGGCUGGUACGACCGCAAACAGAUCGGUACUUUUAAGAAGCUGGUAGAUAUUAAUUUUGUCUGUGCCAUGGGACCUCCUGGAGGGGGAAGGAAUCCUGUCACUCCGCGCCUCACUCGCCAUUUCAACUAUCUCUCCUUCACCGAGAUGGAUGACAGCAGCAAGAAGAAGAUCUUCACCACCAUCCUUGGCAGCUGGAUGGAUGGACUCCUAGGAGAAAAAAGUUACAGAAAUCCAGUGCCAGGAGCAGUUGCAGUGAAAGACUUGAACGAGCCCUUAGUUGAUGCCACAAUCUCCGUGUAUAUGACCAUCACAUCCCAGCUGCUGCCCACACCAGCAAAGUCACAUUAUACCUUCAACCUGAGAGACCUCUCCAAGGUGUUCCAGGGCAUGCUCAUGGCUGAGGCUGGCAAGGUCGAGAACAAAGAGCACCUGCUGAGAUUGUGGUACCACGAGAGCUGCCGGGUCUUCCGUGAUCGCUUGGUCAGUGAGGAGGACCGGACCUGGUUUGACAGCCUAAUGACAGAGAAGAUGGAGGAGCUUGGCACCACUUUUGAGGAGGUCAUUCCUUCCCAGCCAGUUCUGUUUGGAGACUUUAUGGAGCCAGGUGCCAAUGUCAAAGUAUACCAAGCGAUCGACAGCCAGGACAAGCUGAAGUUUGUGAUUGAGGACUACCUGGAGGAGUACAAUCAAAGCAACACCCCAGAACUGAAGCUUGUGCUCUUCAUGGAUGCGAUACAGCACAUCUGCCGAAUCAGCCGGAUUCUGCGGCAGGCUCCGGGGAAUGCUCUUCUCCUGGGUGUUGGGGGAAGUGGGAGACAGUCUCUCACCAGACUGGCAUCUCACAUGGCAGAAAAUGAAUGUUUCCAGAUUGAACUGUCCAAAAAUUAUGGCAUGACCGAAUGGCGAGAUGAUGUGAGGAAGGUCAUGAUGAAAGCAGGCCUUCAAAGUCUACCCAAGACCUUCCUAUUUGUAGACACACAGAUUAAAAAUGAAUCCUUCCUCGAAGAUAUCAACAACUUGCUCAACUCUGGUGACAUUCCCAACAUUUACAAUCCCGAGGACCAAGACCAGAUCCUGACAGCUAUGAAGCCUAUUGUUCGAGAUUUGGGGCAGCAGCCCACCAAGGCCAAUUUGAUGGCUGCGUUCACAGCACGGGUUCGCAGCAAUAUCCAUAUGGUCCUGUGCAUGAGCCCGAUCGGAGAAGUGUUCCGCGCACGCUUGAGGCAGUUCCCCUCUCUUGUCAACUGCUGUACCAUUGACUGGUUCAGUGAGUGGCCUGCUGAAGCCCUGCAGAGCGUUGCCUCCUCCUUUCUGAAUGAACUCCCACUUCUUGGAAGCCGUACCGACGAUACGGACGGGAUGAUUCAAGUAUGUGUAGCAAUCCACCAGAGCGUGGCAAAGAAGUGCCAGUUGUUCCUAGCAGAACUGGGCAGACACAAUUAUAUCACUCCCAAAAGCUACCUGGAGUUCCUCAGCAUCUUCAGUUCCCUCAUUGGAAAGAAGCAACAGGAGCUGAAGACAGCCAAGAACAGGAUGCAAAAUGGCCUAGACAAGCUCCUGCAAACAGCAGAGGAUGUAGUGAAGAUGCAGGAGGAGCUGGAGUCCUCCCGCCCUCUCCUGGCACAAGCAGCCAAGGACACCGAGGCAACCAUAGAACAGAUAAAGGUGGACACAGCUGAGGCUGAAGAGACAAGAAAGACUGUGCAGGCUGAGGAGGCAAAGGCCAAUGAGAAAGCUCAGACAGCCCAAGCCAUUGCAGAUGAUGCUCAGAAGGACUUGGAUGAAGCCCUCCCAGCCCUGGAUGCUGCUCUUGCCAGCCUGAAGAACCUCAGCAAAAGUGAUGUUACAGAGGUACGAGCCCUGCAGCGGCCUCCCCCUGGUGUGAAGCUCGUGAUUGAAGCUGUCUGCAUUAUGCAUGGAAAAAAGCCCAAAAAGGUGGCAGGAGAAAAGUUAGGCACCAAGGUGGAUGAUUACUGGGAGCCAGGCAGGAUCCUCCUCCAGAACCCAGAGCAUUUCCUGGCCAGCCUGUAUGAUUAUGAUAAGGACAAUAUUUCAGACAGUGUGAUCAAGGCCAUCCAGCCCUACAUUGACAAUGAGGAGUUCCAGCCAGCCGCCAUCUCCAAGGUCUCCAAAGCCUGUACCUCCAUCUGCCAGUGGGUGCGUGCCAUGCACAAGUACCACUUUGUGGCCAAGAUCGUGGAGCCCAAGCGGCAAGCCUUGCGGGAGGCAGAGGAGGACCUGCGUGCCACUCAGCUCGCCUUUGACGAAGCUAAGCAGCGCCUGAAGGCCGUUGAAGAUGGCAUUGCCAUGCUGCAAAGCAAGUAUGAGACCUGCAAAGCCAAUAAGGAGGAGCUGGAGAGGAAGUGUGAGCAGUGUCUGGAGAGAUUGGCCCGUGCCGAUGUGGUAAGGGACAGAGGUGGGCUCUGCCUGUUUAUAUGAGGCAACUCAAUUUCAGAUCAAGCAGCAGUGGUGAAAACAUCCAUGAACAGAAUACAGAAUAUGUCAGGGGACACCCCAGCCUCUGGACACCAAAGUCACCUGCAGCGUCAUCCAGAGAGUAACAGGUCCAGGACACGAGGUUAGACCACACAGCAGCUCUCACAUGUGCAACUUAUCCCACAGCUCAUCAACAGCUUGGCUGAUGAGAAGGUGCGCUGGCAGGACACUGUGGAGAGCCUGGAUGACAAAAUCAACAACAGCUCUGGGGAUGUGCUGGUUGCAGCGGGCUUUGUGGCCUACCUGGGCCCUUUCACAGGGGACUACCGUGCAGCACUGUCCACAGAGUGGAUGAGGGAGCUGGCUGAAAACAACAUUCCCCACAGUGAGGAUGCAAGCCUCAUCAACACCCUCGGAGACCCUGUGGAAAUCCGCUCCUGGCAGAUUGUUGGUUUACCCAAUGAUGCCCUGUCUGUGGAGAAUGGGGUAAUAACCAAAUUCUCUCUGCGCUGGACUCACUACAUAGACCCCCAAGGACAAGCAAACAAGUGGAUCAAGAAUCUGGAGAGGGAAAACGGCCUGGAGGUGGCCAAGCUGAGUGACCGGGACUUCCUCUCCACUCUGGAAAACACCAUUAGCUUUGGGAAGCCCUUCCUGCUGGAGAAUGUCGGCGAGGAGCUGGAUCCAGUCCUUGAGCCUGUCCUGCUGAAAGAGACCUUCAAACAACAAGGCAGCACCGUGCUGAAGCUGGGGGAUACAGUGAUUCCCUACCAUGAGGAUUUCAAGAUGUACAUCACCACCAAGCUGCCCAACCCUCACUACAGCCCUGAGAUCUCCACAAAGCUCACCCUCAUCAACUUCACCCUCUCACCCAGUGGCUUGGAAGACCAACUGUUGGGAGAAGUGGUGGCUGCAGAGCGGCCUGACUUAGAAGAAGAUAGAAACCAGCUAAUUGUUAGCAACGCCCAGAUGCGUCAGGAGCUAAAGGACAUAGAAGACCAGAUCCUGUAUCGGCUCAGCACUUCUGAAGGAAACCCUGUAGAUGACUUGGAGCUCAUCAAAGUGUUGGAGGCAUCCAAGCUGAAGGCAGGAGAGAUCAAGGCCAAGGUCACGGUGGCAGAGCAGACAGAGAAGGACAUCAACCUCACCCGCAUGCAGUAUGUGCCUGUGGCUGUCCGCUCGCAGAUCCUCUACUUCUGCGUCUCAGACCUGUCCAACGUGGACCCCAUGUACCAGUAUUCACUCGAGUGGUUCCUCAACAUCUUCCUCUUGGGGAUCCGUAACUCUGAGAAAGCAGACGAGCUGACGGAGCGGGUGCAGAACAUCAACAACUACAUCACCUUCAGUCUCUACUGCAACGUGUGCCGCAGCCUCUUCGAGAAGCACAAGCUCAUGUUCGCCUUCCUGGUCAGCGCCCGGAUUCUGAUGAAUGAGGGCCGGAUCGAUAUGGAUGAGUGGCGGUACCUGCUGUCAGGAGGGGCCAUAAAGGAGAUGAAGGACAACCCAGCCCCAGCCUGGCUGAACGAAAGAGCAUGGGGAGACAUCCUGGCCAUGAGCAGCCUGAAGAAUUUCUCUGACUUCGACAAUGAUUUUGCAGCCAACCUUGAAGGGUUCAGGACCAUUUUUGACAGCCCCAGCCCUCACAGAGAGCCUUUGCCCGGGAAGUGGGAAGAUGAGCUUGAUGCCUUCCAGAAGCUGCUGGUUCUGCGGUGUCUGCGUGGAGACAAAAUCACCAACGCCAUGCAGGACUUUGUGGUGCUGUACCUGGAUCAGCGCUUCAUCGAGCCGCAGACCAGUGACCUCUCAGUCGUGUUUAGGGAGUCCAGUGCCACCACCCCCCUGGUGUUUGUGCUGUCCCCAGGCACUGACCCUGCUGCCGACCUCUACAAGUUUGCUGAAGAAAUGAAGUUCACACAAAAGCUCUCUGCCAUUUCUCUGGGCCAAGGACAGGGACCCCGUGCUGAAGCCAUGUUGCACAAUGCCAUGGAGCAGGGCAAUUGGGUCUUCUUCCAGAACUGCCACCUGGCCCCCAGCUGGAUGCCCUCACUGGAGAGACUCAUCGAGGGCAUUGAUCCCAGCAAGGUGCACCCGGACUUCCGCCUCUGGCUCACCAGUCUACCGAGCAACCACUUCCCUGUGUCCAUUCUCCAGAAUAGCUCCAAGAUGACCAUUGAGCCCCCCCGUGGGGUCAAGGCCAACCUGCUCAAGUCCUACAUUAGUUUCAGUGAUGAUUUCUUGAAUUCUUGCUCCAAGGUCACGGAGUUUAAAUCCUUGUUGCUGUCGCUUUGCUUCUUCCAUGGGAACAUGCUGGAGAGGAGAAAGUUUGGGCCUCUGGGGUUCAAUAUCCCCUAUGAGUUCACAGACGGAGACCUCCGCAUCUGCAUCAGUCAGCUGCAAAUGUUCUUGAAUGAAUAUGCAGAAAUUCCCUACAAGGUUCUGAAAUACACAGCUGGGGAGAUCAACUACGGCGGCCGCGUCACCGAUGACUGGGACCGGCGCUGCAUCAUGAGCAUUUUGGAAGAUUUCUAUAAACCUGAGGUUUUAGAUCCUGACUUUGCCUAUUCUGAAUCAGGUAUCUACAAGCAGAUCAGUACCUCUUCUGACCUCAAUGGCUACCUCCAGUACGUCAAGGGCCUGCCUCUCAACGACAGCCCGGAGCUAUUUGGUUUACACGACAAUGCCGACAUCACCUUCGCUCAGAACGAGACCUUUGCUCUGCUGGGGGCCAUUUCACAGCUGCAGCCCAAAACCAUCACUCUGGGAGGCCGCAGCAGAGAAGAGAUUGUGGAGGAAACUUCCAAGGACAUCCUGGCAAAAUUGCCUGACCCCAUGAAUGUGCAGGAGGUGAUCCGCAAAUACCCACUGCUCUAUGAAGAGUCCAUGAACACAGUGCUGGUGCAGGAGGUGAUCAGGUACAACAAUCUCCUGGAGGAGGUUGCCUUAAGUCUGAAGGAUUUACUGAAAGCUCUAAAGGGCCUGGUGGUGAUGUCCUCUCGGCUGGAGCUAAUGGCCAGCAGCUUGUACAACAACACUGUUCCCGAAAUAUGGAAUGCCAAGGCCUAUCCGUCGCUGAAGCCGUUGGCAUCGUGGGUGAACGACUUGGUGCAGCGGAUUGAAUUCCUGCAGAACUGGAUCAGCCACGGGAUCCCCUCCGUGUUUUGGAUCAGUGGGUUCUUCUUCCCCCAGGCCUUCCUCACCGGGACACUGCAGAACUUUGCCAGGAAGUCUGUCAUCUCCAUCGACACCAUCUCAUUUAGCUUCAAGGUCAUGAAGGAGUCGGUGAAGGAGCUGACGCGCCAGCCCAAAGUGGGCUGCUACAUCCACGGCUUGUUCCUGGAGGGUGCCCGCUGGGACGCCGCUGCGGGUCAGCUGGCAGAGUCACGCCCCAAGGAGCUCUACACCGACAUGGCUGUCAUCUGGCUGGUGCCCGUCCCCAACCGCAAGCCUCCAGAAUCCGGCUCCUACCUGUGUCCCAUCUAUAAGACUCUCACUCGGGCAGGCACAUUGUCAACAACGGGCCAUUCCACCAACUAUGUGAUUGCUGUGGAGAUCCCUACAGACAAGCCAGAGAAGCACUGGAUCAAACGGGGUACGGCCUUGAUCUGCGCCCUGGACUUUUAGCCAGGAAACACACUCGCAGCAGCCCAGGAUGCCACUGCAGCUGAGGGCCUGAGCCAGGCUGCCCCCCUCUCCUCCUGCCCUCCUUCAGCUGAGGUGAGUCCUGCUCUUCCCUUGUUGAGGUGUGUCAAUAAAUUGAGCCUGGUGCUGUUGCACUCCCCCUGAUCACUUCAAAUCUUUACACCACGGAAGAGCUGCCAGCAAGGAUAAUAACAUGGCCUGGAGCUGGCACGUGGUGCUUCCAGCCCCACUGCUCAUGGCCCCCUUCCCACACACCUCUUCCAUGGCUGGCCAUU